UAUCAUAAUUGAUUUUUUAUAAAAAUUUCAAAAAUUGUCGGAUGUUUGUUGAUUUAAGUAUCAUAUUCAUAACAGUAAAAAAAUUUUUUUCCAGUUAAAAGGAUCAAUUGAUGAUUGUAGCUGCAAUGUCGAUACUGUUGAUUAUUUUAAUAAUAUGAAGAUAUAUCCAAGACUGCAGAGUCUUCUCUUAAGGGAUUACUUCCGUUUUUAUAAAAUUAAUUUGAAGAAAGAAUGUCCAUUUUGGGCUGAUGAUAGUAAAUGUGCAAUAAGAUAUUGUCAUGUUCAACCUUGUCAAGCCGAUGACAUACCGGUUGGAUUAAAAGGAGACUUACCGCGAGAUCUCCAUCAUCAUGAUGAAGAAAGUCCGUAUGAUAAAUAUUUAGCUGAAAAUCAACUGAAUGACUGUGAACAGACUGCUAGGGAUCAUAAUAAGGAGCUCGGAUAUUUGAAUAGAACAAUUAGCUCAAAGAAUUACAAAGAGUUUGAGCGAUGGCAAUACCAUGAUGACAACUUGGACAAUUUUUGUAUCAAAGAAACGAGCCCUGGUGAAUAUGUUGACUUGCUGCUCAAUCCUGAAAGGUAUACUGGAUACAAAGGACCCAGUGCUCACAGAAUAUGGAGAAGUAUUUAUAUGGAAAAUUGUUUCCGACCUGAUUCUUCGCCGCAUAAUUUUAUACAGAGCUCUAAAAUAGAUGGAAUGUGUUUAGAAAAACGUGCAUUUUAUCGAGCAAUAUCUGGAUUACAUGCUAGUAUAAACAUACAUUUGUCUGCUAAGUAUUUAUUAUCUAGUCAAGAAGGCAUGGCAUUUAUCCGCGAGAGUAAUGAAUGGGGGCCUAAUCUUCCGGAAUUUCAACGACGUUUCUCGCCAGAGACUACCGGAAAUGAAGGGCCUGGAUGGUUGAAAAAUUUAUAUUUUUUGUAUCUAUUAGAACUACGUGCGCUUUAUAAAGCUGCACCUUAUUUAGAACGGGAACAAUAUUACACUGGCAAUGAAGUUGAGGAUGUUGAUACUAAAAUGGCAGUAAUGGAUAUUUUGCAAGUCGUAAAAUCAUUCCCAGAUCAUUUUGAUGAAAGUCUUAUGUUUAAUGGUGGGUCUGAAGCGCAGGUAUUAAAAGAAGAAUUCAGGCAGCAUUUUAGAAAUAUAUCACGUAUAAUGGACUGUGUAGGGUGCGAUAAAUGUAAAUUAUGGGGUAAAUUACAAGUACACGGCGUUGGGACUGCAUUAAAAAUAUUGUUCUCUGGAAAAUUUGACAUGUGGUCGUCUACGCUAAACAAUAUAGAUAGAAAACAAUUUUAUCUUGAUAGAAGUGAAAUAGUUGCUUUAAUUAAUGGUUUUGGAAGAUUGUCCGAGAGUAUAUUCGAAUUGGAGAACUUCCGAAAAAUGAUGAGAUAA